GACCUUGUCUAUGGCAACCAAAUCAACAGAAACCUUCAGAUCAGCGGAAUCCUGCACUGCUGCCUGGGUAUGUUCUCUUGAACCACAUCUCGACCUUCGUGAUCGCAGUGAUGCCCGUAGCGUACUACAGACAGCCGACUGCCCGUUGCCGAAUCUUGAGGAGCUCAGCGUUGCCAACAUAAAGUUCUCCGACGGCGGCGGGUCGUCAACUCCGUCGCUUCCUCCAGUGGACAUUACCUUCAGACUAUUGCGUCGAUGUCUCGCCAUUCGGAGGGCAGUCUGUGGUCGGAGACUGGCCAAGCUGACGUUUGAGAAGUGCUCUGGCCACAUCAACCGGGACCAAGCAAGGGUGCUUGUAGAGGAAGGUUCCGUGGCGAUUGUGAUAUUCAAUGAGGUAUAAAAAGGCCAACAGUGCGAAGCAGAGGUUGGGAACAUAGAACUGCUCCCAUGUAACAUUAGAUGCGUAGUCCUUAGUAUGGCAUGGCCAAGGCCGCCCCUCAACACCGCC